GAAGUUGAAGUAGCAUUUGACAUUUUAUCGUCCUCUUCAUUCCAACUUUCACUACAUCGUGAUCCUCUUUGUGCCAGUACUUGGUACAAUACCCAUCUUUCAAAACGUUUUGUUCGCAAAGAACAUUAACACUUGGCAAGCGAUUCGUGCCGUAUUUGGCUCGUGAAGCCUGUUGCCGAACGACAAACGUUGUCAGACCGCUACGUCUAACAAACGGAUUACAACCUCACAAAACAAUUCACACAUCGAACAAUUACGCAAAAUACAAAAUCAUGCCAGCCGCAGAAGCAUUUGCAGGAGUGCCCCUGCUCUCUCAGUUGCCAGAGCUGCCUCACAUUGAAGGCGCUGAUCCAAAAAGGAAUCCUUUAGACGCUUUCCGUGUCGCAAUCGCUGAACAAAUCAAUAAAGCCUUGCCUGAAGUGAAAUUGCAAGCAGCAUUCGAAGCCGUUCAAACAACAGCCAAAGAUGGAGAUUUGGUCGUUGCUCUACCACGAUUUAAGCUAAAAGCAAAGCCUGAUGAAUUGGCAAAAAAGGUUUUGGAACAAUUCAAACCAAAUGCAUACAUGGAAUCACUCGCUCAUAAAGGUGUUUUCCUCAAUUAUAUGCUACCGACGACCACAUUAACACAAUUGACCUUGGCAACAAUUGAUGCCCUCAGUAGAUCUGCACCCGAUGCAAACGGAAUCCGAAAGAUGUCUUAUGGUACAAACAAGAGCGGAGAAGGAAAACGAAUGAUUGUCGAAUUCUCUUCUCCAAAUAUCGCUAAACCUUUCCAUGCAGGACAUUUACGAAGUACGAUCAUUGGUGCGUUUUUGGCAAACCUUUACGAAGCAAAUGGAUGGUAUGUCGAAAGAUGGAAUUAUCUUGGUGAUUGGGGUAAACAAUUCGGUUUAUUGGCCGUUGCAUGGAAAAAGAUGGGUAGCGAAGAAGAAUUACGAAAGGAUGCCGUAACACAUUUGUACAAUAUUUACGUUGCAAUCAACAAAGAAGCAGAAGAGAACCCUGAUUUACACACACAAGCCCGUGCCUUUUUCAAAAAGAUGGAAGAUGGCGAUGAAGAGGCAGUUGGACUUUGGCGUAAGUUCCGUGAUUUGAGUAUCAAGAAAUACGAACAAACGUAUGCUCGUCUCAACAUUCACUUUGAUGUGUACAGUGGUGAAUCGCAAGUACGCAAAGAGAGUAUUCAAGAAGUUGUAGAGAAGUUACGUGAAUCACCUUACUGCGAACGUGAAGACAAUGGAGCGUUAUUGAUCGACUUGAAGAAAUACAAGUUGGAAAAGGCAAUUGUCGAACGUUCAGAUGGAACACCUUUGUACAUCACCCGUGAUUUGGGUGAAGCAAAUCAACGAUGGGCUAAAUUCAAAGAACAACACGGAAAAGGAUUUGACAAGAUGAUCUAUGUUGUUGCAUCUCAACAAGAUCUUCACUUGGGUCAAUUCUUCAAAGUUUUGGAACUGCUCGGAUACGAUUAUGCCGAUCCCAAAGAAGGCAGACUACAACAUAUCAACUUUGGUAUGGUUUUGGGAAUGUCUACACGUAAAGGUACCGCUGUCUUUUUGGAUCACAUCCUUGAUGAAACCAAAGAGAACAUGCACGAUGUUAUGCGAAAGAAUGCAGACAAGUAUGAACAAAUUAUCGAUAAAGAACGUACAGCAGAUAUUGUUGGUAUGACAGCCGUCAAGAUUCAAGAUAUGACUGGUCGUCGUGGAAACAACUACAACUUUGAUUGGAGUAGAAUGUUGAGUUUCGAAGGUGAUACAGGACCAUACCUUCAGUACAAUCACGUCCGAUUGUGCUCCGUUGAACGUCGUGUGGCCGAAACUGAUGGAAUUGAAUUACCACCAAGUCCAUUGGAUAUCAGUCAAUUGAAAUUAGACUUACUCACCGAGCCAAAAGCAAGAGAUUUGACUUUAUUGUUAGCCUCUUGGCCUGAUACGGUAAAAACUGCAACGAGAGAACAACAACCUUCAACCAUUGUUCAAUAUUGUUAUAAACUUACACAUGCAGUUUCAAGUGCAUGGGAAGUUUUGAUCGUAAAAGGACAAGAAAAAGAUCUCGCUUUGGCACGUUUGUUCAUGUAUCGAUCUGCAAGACACGUUUUGAAUGCUGCUUUGCGUCUUUUGACAAUCGAGCCAUUAGACCGAAUGUAGAAAAUCAUGUACUUUUUUUUUCAGUCAUCUUGCAAAGAAAUUCCAUCUUCAUUGAUGAAAUCACUGUAUUCAUAUGACCAGUACCAUUGGGACCGUUUUCACAUGUAUUGCCAAUAGUCGAGUAGACUACUAUACGCCUGUGGGCGUAAACAUGUUGUGUGUUUCUAUUUUCUUCUAACAGUUGCAUAGAAAUGGAGUCAACAUGGACUAGAGUAAUGGUAAGAAUUUCUUCUUUCAUUCAUAGUAGGUCUUGAAUAGAGUUAUACAUCUGCCUAUUCGAAUUUCACUUUUCGAUUUAUAGAGAACCAUUCCCUGUAUUCCCGUGGGAACUAUUUAUUGAUGGUUUGUACUUUUUCUAGAAGAAUAGUACGUUUUUCUGGAAGAAGAUCAAGAAUAGCCAGACUACGUCCAUCGUGGCCAUAGAAAGUUA